CCUGCAUUGUCUCCCAUCGGCAUUCCACGGCGUCGCGACAACACACCGGCCCUGCUAUUAAAGCUUCUUUCCCACCGGCCUGGUGUCAUCACAUCCUAAUUUCCCCAUUCGCUCUUUCCGCCCACACUUAGCUAGCUGACGCCCGGCGCGUCGACUUUCUCCACCCUUUUUACGGCCAGCCCCCGUCUGCGUGGCCACGACUUUCCAGCCCCCCCCGACUUCCAACCACCAUCUCCGAGUCACGAUGCAGCAAGCCCACCCCAUCCGCUCGCGAUGGACCGUGGCCGGCGAUGCCCUCGUCAAGCGCGCCAGCGACCUGGUCGACCUCAACAAGGAUCCCUUCGCCUUCUCCCACGGCCUCACCGGUGUCGACCAGACUGGCAACUACCUCUGGGUCGAUGUGCUCCUUGGCUCUUUCCUGGGCAUCAUGGCCCUCGCCCUCUUCGUGCGCAUGGCCAUGAUGGCCAAUGCGCACCUGCGUCACGUCUCCGUCCUCGGCACCACCGGCAGGCAGGUCUACUGGGGCCGCAACCAGACCAGCUUCGUGCCCUGGGUCAAGAAGCAUCUCCUCUACGCCCCGCUCUGGAAGGGCCGCCACAACGAGGAGAUCCGCCUGUCCAGUGCCGUCAGCAUUGGCACCUUGCCCUCGCGCUUCCACUUCCUCAUCCUGGUUCUCUACGGCGCCAGCAACGUCGCCUACUGCCUGUGCCUGCCCUGGGGUCGCGACAACUCGGCCUCCGUCGCCGCCGCUCUGCGUGGCCGCUCCGGCACCCUCGCUGCCCUCAACCUUAUCCCAACCAUCCUCUUCGCUCUGCGCAACAACCCGCUCAUCUGGAUCUUGCACGUCAGCUACGACACGUUCAACCUGCUGCAUCGUUGGGCCGCUCGCAUUGUCAUCAUCGAGACCAUUGUCCACACGCUCUGCUGGCUCAUCAACACGUACAAUGCCGGCAAGUGGUCCGGUGUCAGCAACGUCCUGGCCACCGAGCCCUCGUACGCUUGGGGUAUGGUCGGCACCGUCGCUUUUGUCGUCCUCGGUAUCCAGGCCUGGUCGCCGCUGCGCCAUGCCUUCUACGAGACCUUCCUCAACAUCCACCGCGUCAUGGUCGUCAUGGCCAUUGUCGGCGCCUACGCCCACAUUGACAUUCACGGGCUGCCCCAGCUCUCGUGGAUGCAGCUCAGCAUCGCCUUGUGGGGCUUCGAGUGGGCUUACCGCACCUUCCGCAUUGUCUACUACAACAUGUCGACUCGGUCUAUUACCAAGCUCACCAUUGAGGCCCUGCCCAACGAUGCCUGCCGCGUGACGUGCGACCUGGUCCGCAACUGGAACUUCCGCCCCGGUUCGCACGUCCACAUCUACAUUCCUUCCCUCAGCUUGUGGGCGUCGCACCCCUUCUCCGUCGCGUGGAGCAGUCCCCACCACAGCAGCGGUGCCGGUGCUCUCGCCGACGAAAAGCUUGGCCUGCCCAUGACGACCCAAGAAGGCGACGUCAACCCCGUCGACCUCCCUCAGCGCAGCAUCAGCCUCGUCAUUCGCGCGCGUGAGGGCAUGACGCGUCAGCUCUACGACCGCGCCAGCAAGCGCCCCGGCGGUAUUCUGUCGACUUACGGCAUGAUCGAGGGACCAUACGGCGGCCACGAGUCGCUCGACAGCUACGGCACAUGCAUCCUCUUUGCGGCAGGUGUCGGUAUCACUCACCAGGUCUGCUUCGUGCGCCAUCUGGUGAACGGUUACCACAACGGUACCGUCGCCGCGCGCAAAAUCGUCCUCGUCUGGACCAUCCCCAACACCGAGUGCCUCGAGUGGGUGCGCCCGUGGAUGGACGAGAUCCUGCGCAUGCCCGGGCGUCGCGAGUGCCUGAAGAUUCUGCUCUUCGUGACGCGGCCCAAGAACCACGCCGAGGUCAACUCGUCGUCAGGGUCGGUCCAGAUGUUCCCUGGUCGGUGCGACACGCAGAUGAUCAUCGACCGCGAGGUCGCCGAGCGCAUUGGCGCUGUCGCCGUCACCGUCUGUGGUGCAGGCGCCUUCAGUGACGGCGUACGCAAGGCCGUGCGCCAACGUAUCGAGGACGGCAGUGUCGACUUUAUCGAGGAGGCUUUCACGUAUUAGAGAGCGGUGAGGAUUUAAAUCUCGCAUUCGAGGAAUGGCGGGAGGGAAAAAGUUGGUUCUUUUGGUUGAUUCUUUUUUGCUUUCUUCGUCCGUGUCGUUCGCGGCACCUUCGGAUUCGAUUCGAUUCUUGG